AUGGAGGAAGAAGUUGCUGCCCUCGUCAUCGACAAUGGUUCCGGCAUGUGCAAGGCCGGUUUCGCCGGUGAUGAUGCGCCCCGAGCUGUUUUCCCUUCCAUUGUCGGUCGUCCCCGUCACCAUGGUAUCAUGAUUGGUAUGGGCCAGAAGGACUCCUACGUCGGUGACGAGGCUCAAUCCAAGCGUGGUAUCCUCACCCUCCGCUACCCCAUUGAGCACGGUGUCGUCACCAACUGGGACGACAUGGAGAAGAUUUGGCACCACACCUUCUACAACGAGCUCCGUGUCGCCCCGGAGGAGCACCCCGUCCUCCUUACCGAGGCCCCCAUCAACCCCAAGUCCAACCGUGAGAAGAUGACCCAGAUUGUCUUUGAGACGUUCAACGCCCCCGCCUUCUACGUCUCCAUCCAGGCCGUCCUCUCCCUCUACGCCUCUGGCCGUACCACCGGUAUCGUCCUCGACUCUGGUGAUGGUGUCACCCACGUUGUCCCCAUCUACGAGGGUUUCGCUCUUCCUCACGCCAUCGCCCGUGUCGACAUGGCUGGUCGUGAUCUUACCGACUACCUGAUGAAGAUCCUCGCUGAGCGUGGUUACGCCUUCUCCACCACCGCCGAGCGUGAAAUCGUUCGUGACAUCAAGGAGAAGCUCUGCUACGUCGCUCUGGAUUUUGAGCAGGAGAUUCAGACUGCUGCCCAAAGCUCUUCGCUUGAGAAGUCGUACGAGCUUCCUGACGGUCAAGUCAUCACCAUUGGCAACGAGCGUUUCCGCACCCCCGAGGCUCUCUUCCAGCCCUCCGUUCUCGGUCUCGAGUCUGGCGGUAUCCACGCCACCACCUUCAACUCGAUCAUCAAGUGCGAUGUCGAUGUUCGCAAGGAUCUCUACGGCAACAUUGUCAUGUCUGGUGGUACUACCAUGUACCCUGGUCUUGCCGACCGUAUGCAGAAGGAGAUCACUACUCUUGCUCCUUCUUCCAUGAAGGUCAAGAUCAUUGCUCCUCCCGAGCGCAAGUACUCUGUCUGGAUCGGUGGCUCCAUUCUCGCCUCCCUAUCCACCUUCCAGCAAAUGUGGAUCUCCAAGCAGGAGUACGACGAGAGCGGUCCCUCCAUUGUCCACCGCAAGUGCUUCUAA